GGGAGGAGAGGUUUGCUGGAGGAGGAGUUGGAGACAGUCCUGGUUUGUCCUUCGUCUUGAGGAGACGCUCGAGCCCCAGCGCAGGAUUUCUGGUAGCUCCAAAAUGGUGUCCUCCACUCCUCCUCUCCUCCCUCUGCUAUUUCUCGUCUUCAUCUCCUCACAGUUCCCACUCUCAGCUGCAGGGGGCUCUCCUCCCUCCAACAGCACCUCCUCCAACACGACUAAACCCAAAUGCGGCGGAAAUACGGACUGCAUCGAGGGCGUCAUUCUACCAAUCUGGCAGCCGGUCAACCCCGUUUUCCCAGAGCGAAUCGCCAGGGCUACAAUAUACUUUUUAGCGCUAGCAUACAUGUUUCUUGGAGUUUCCAUCAUCGCAGACCGGUUUAUGGCGUCGAUCGAGGUCAUAACUUCGCAAGAACGGCAAAUCACAAUUAAAAAACCAAACGGCGAGAAAAUUACGACUACGGUGCGAAUUUGGAACGAAACAGUUUCAAAUUUGACGUUGAUGGCUCUCGGCUCGUCCGCUCCGGAAAUUCUUUUAUCGGUCGUGGAGGUUUGCGGACAUAAUUUUCAAGCUGGUGAGCUGGGCCCGAAUACUAUUGUAGGAAGCGCUGCGUUUAAUAUGUUUGUCAUUAUUGGUUUUUGCGUUUCUGUUAUUCCUGAUGGCGAAAUCAGAAAAGUGAAACAUCUGCGUGUGUUUUUUGUCACUGCGACGUGGAGUGUCUUUGCCUACACUUGGUUGUAUUUGAUUUUAGCGGUUUUCAGUCCCGGGGUUGUUAAAAUAUGGGAGGGUUUGCUAACACUGUUCUUCUUCCCUCUUUGCGUUGGUUUUGCAUAUGUGGCUGACCGGCGUUUGCUCUUUUACAAAUACGUCUACAAGCGAUAUCGUGCAGGUAAACAGAAAGGCAUGAUCAUUGAGACAGAAGGAGAACCCGACGUACCGCUGAAAUCUGACGUGGAAAUGUUGAAAGCGAAUGGAGAGGAGCUGGAGGCGUUUUUCGAAUGGGACGAGGAAGAAUCGCGCAAAGAAGUGGCAGCCAUUUUGAAGGAGCUCAAACAAAAACAUCCAGAGAAGGACUUAGAGCAGCUAACAGAGCUAGCUAACUACCAAGUGCUAAACCAACAGCAGAAGAGCAGAGCGUUUUAUCGAUGCCAGGCGACACGGAUCAUGACGGGAGCAGGGAAUAUUUUAAAGAAACACGCAGCAGAACAAGCUAAACGUGCUACUAGCCAAUUUGAAUUCUCCUCGGAAGCUUUAGCGAAUUAUACAAAGGUUUAUUUUGACCCGGGUUCUUAUCAGUGUCUGGAAAACUGUGGCAGCGUCGCGUUGAACAUCGUACGACAAGGAGGCGAUUUAACGCAAAGAAUUUAUGUGAAUUUCCAGACGGAAGAUGGCACUGCAAAUGCCGGGUCAGAUUACACAUUCACUGAAGGCACAAUCGUUUUCGAACCAGGUGAAACGGAAAAGGAAAUUCGCAUUGAGAUUAUAGACGAUGACAUAUUUGAGGAAGACGAACACUUUUUGGUGCAUUUGAGUAACGUUCGCGUGGAUCGUAAAGACGUGAGCGCCGUCGUGGGGUUGGGGUUGCCCUGCACAGCGACUGUUACGAUUUUUGACGAUGAUCACGCAGGGAUUUUUACAUUCGAGGAGGGUGGGGUAACUGUGAGUGAGAGUGUGGGCGUGAUGGAGGUGAGGGUGCUUAGAACCUGCGGAGCACGUGGAGCUGUGGCUAUACCAUUCAAAACCAUCGAAGGAACAGCCAAAGGAGGAGGAGAGGACUUCGAAGACACACACGGAGUCCUGGAGUUCGACAACAACGAGAUAAUUAAAUCAUUUCAGAUAAACAUAAUCGAUGACGACCAGUAUGAGAAGAAUAAGAACUUCUUUGUGGAGAUGGGCGAGCCACGGCUUCUGGAGAUGAGUGAGAGGAAAGCCGUUUUGCUCCAUGAGACAGGCGGAUUUGUCAAAACAGAGAAGCAGAUUUGUGGUAAAGACAUCUACAGGAAAGUCCAGGGACGAGACAAUCCCUCUUCUGUCAACAUCACAGACUCGGGGGACUGUUCUAUGAAGGAGCAGGAGGAGAGGAGGAUAGCUGAAAUGGGGCGUCCGUCUUUAGGAGAACACAGUCGUCUGGAGGUCACCAUCGAGGAGUCCUAUGAGUUUAAGAGCACGGUGGAUAAACUGAUAAAGAAGACCAACCUGGCUCUACUCAUCGGCACCAACAGCUGGAGACAGCAGUUUGUGGAGGCCAUCACCGUCAGCGCAGGUGACGAUGAUGAAGACUCAGACAAUGGCUCGGAGCACCCACCCUCUUGCUGUGAUUAUCUCAUGCACUUCCUGACAGUGCUGUGGAAGCUGCUUUUCGCCCUGGUGCCCCCUACUGACUACCUGAGCGGGUGGCCGUGCUUCUGCGUGUCUAUCUGUGGCAUUGGCCUACUCACCGCACUCAUAGGGGACCUGGCCUCACACUUUGGCUGCACUGUGGGGCUCAAAGACUCUGUGACUGCCGUGGUGUUUGUGGCUCUCGGGACAUCUGUGCCAGACACUUUUGCGAGUAAAGUCGCAGCAAUCCAAGAUCAGUACGCAGAUGCUUCCAUCGGGAAUGUGACGGGGUCCAAUGCGGUGAACGUGUUCCUGGGCAUCGGCGUGGCAUGGUCCAUCGCAGCGGUUGUUCAUUGGUGGAGGGGGGAGGACUUUAGAGUGGAUCCUGGCACUCUAGCCUUCUCUGUCACGCUCUUCACCAUCUUCGCCUUCAUUUGCAUCGCAGUGCUCAUCUACAGACGCCGGCCCUCCAUCGGGGGGGAGCUGGGGGGCCCCCGGGGGCCCAAAGUCCUGACCACGGCCCUGUUCUUCAGCCUAUGGCUCUUGUACAUUGUGUUCUCAUCUCUGGAGGCCUACUGCCAUGUGCAGGGCUUCUGAGAGGUGU